GUUCCUUGAAUCGCGUGAAUUCCAACGCUGGAUGGACAAUACCAAUCAGACUCUGUUUUGUCCUGGUAUCCCUGGCGCAGGGAAGACAGUAAUAGUAUCAAUGAUAGUUGAUUCCCUGCUUUCAAAGGCCAGUCAACCCCAGGCCGGUAUCGCAUUUUUCUACUUCGACACAUACAUAUUCCAUAAGCAACCUAUUGAUACUUUGCUUAUGUUCACCCUAAAACAGCUAACCAAGGGCUUCUCUGUCAUACCAAACGACGUCGAAUAUCUCUAUCACGAGAACAGGGCGAAAGGGACCUUAGCCACCAUAGAGUGAAACCUUUGAUGUUCUUCAGCGUGUAGUAACAACAUACUCAAGAGUCUUUAUCAUUGUUGAUGCACUUGAUGAGUGCC